GCAUCGUACUAAUUUAUCGAGAAAAAGACACAAUGUUUCGCUCACGGAUAAACGGCCGGUUACUACAACAUUACGAACGACGGAUAUGCACAGAGUAUUGUGGACGAAGGCCCAAUGGCACUGAGCGGUGCUUCGCAAAGGCGCAGAGCUGCUGCGCAUCGACGGGACGAGGAUAUGCGACGACACCGGCAAGCAGCAAGAUGUCCCAGAGCGCUGCAAAAGCGAUAAACAAGCCGCCCCCCGGAUCUGUGUCAUCGGCACGAGUGUCAAGCACCUCUUCGACGACGGCGGCAGCAACAGCAACUGCAGAGGCAUCGUCCCCUUCGGCGGCGGCAGCGCUACGGACGGCCGAGGCUCGCGAAUCGGCGCUGCGGGCGGCCCGUAUGCGACGGCAGGCGCAGAAACAGGAUCGGGAGGCGGAAGCGGCGAAGAAGAGGGAGGAGGAGAGGGAGUAUAAGAAGAAGUACAACACGGCGGCGAGGAAGUGGGUGUCGUCGAUUAUUGCGCUACCGAUAUUUUUUGUGACGAGCUAUUAUCUGUUUGAUAGGUUGGUGUUGGGGAAACAGCCGAAGAGCCUGGAGAAGCAUCGGGAGGAGAAGUCGUGAGCUCUUUUGCUGUGGUGUGUUGGGGUGGGAGAGUUUUACGGGGAUGCUGCAAAUCGGGGGGAUACGAAUCACGAAGAACGAUCUCUAGAGAUGCUGUCUGUGGCGUGUUGGGUGUGCAGAUUCCUGAGCUUCUGUUAGUAAAUGUAGAGAGCAAAGCUUGGAGCAGUGGUCGGCACAGCCCUUGGGGAUGGAUUACUUGACUACUAACUGCUAAGUAUGAUAUCGAGAAGUUUGGCCGUUGUAGCCAAGCUAUAUCAUACAUAUCCUUAUAUGUGUUGCUGAAAACGGGACUGAGAGUUGGUCACCUUUGAGAAAGAUACUCUUAUCUGUAACUACUAUUUUCUACGGUCGAGUAUAGAGAUAGACUGUAGAUUUCUAUACCAAAAAACGUUUGUAUAUAUAUG